AUGCCUCCUCGGCGGUCGCGCGCAGCCGCCGCUGCCUCAACUCCCAUCAGUGCGCCCGACGCCACAGUCCUUCAUCUUUUCACCCAACUGACCGUGCCCCCAGGAACGCCCACGCCCGCUGUCGCCGAGUCGGAUCCAGACGCACAGGAGUCGCAGGACGAGACCCCCGCCGAGCAGGACGCGGAUGAUGAUGUUGCCACGCCCGCGCAGGACCUCGAUGACGAGGUCGAGGCUGAGGCUGAGGCCGAGCCCGAUCCUCCCUCAGAACGCUCAUCGCCCGUGGUCCAGCAGUUUCCGCGCAAACGCCGCCUGGGACGCCCGCCGAAGAACCGCCCGCCAGACUGGGACAAUGCUGACUCCAACAAUGACAACGACUCGCAAAGAGGCACUCCGGCCAAACGCCGCCGCGGCCGCCCAUCCACAGGCGGCUUCAGAGGACGACCCAGAGGAGGCCCGUCUCAUGUGACGCGUGUCCCCAUUGACAAAGAGGGGAAUCUCAUGGACGUUGUUGACGAUGAGGUUGCACUGCCCGAGGAUCCUGAGGGAGAGCAGAAGGUCGACAAGAUGGGCAACUUGAAGGGUGGCAGAGACUACCGCGUGCGCGUCUUCACCAUCACUGGUCGCGGGGACAAACUAUACAUGCUGUCCACUGAGCCGGCGAGAUGCUGCGGCUUCAGGGACAGUUAUCUGUUUUUCACCAAGCAUAUGCAGCUGUACAAGAUCAUCGUCAACGAGGAUGAGAAGCGCGACCUGAUCGACCGCGAGAUCAUCCCGCACUCGUACAAAGGCCGUGCAAUCGGUGUGGUCACUGCCCGCUCGGUGUUCAGAGAGUUUGGAGCACGAAUCAUCAUUGGCGGAAGGCGAGUCAUAGAUGACUACUAUGUGAAGGCAGCGCGGGAGAAAGGCCAUAUUGAGGGUGAAGUCGCGGAUCCCAACGACAGACUGCCCCCUCCUGGCGAACCGUACAACAAAAAUCAGUAUGUCGCCUGGCAUGGUGCUAGUGCGGUCUACCAUACGGGCGGCCCAAGCGUCCCGAUGCCCAAUGGCAAAGUCGUCCCAGGAAAGCGAAGGAUCAAUAUCACGUCUGCCAACUGGCAGUUUGAACACGCACGGGCUGCGAGCCGCUUCAAUUCGGCCCUUGUGGCUGCUCGGCGCACUAACGUCGAGGGCGUAUACGACCCACAUACGAACCAGCUGCACUACCCAAAGAUUAUGCAGCCAACUCACGCCCGCUGGGAAGAGCUUGAGGUCGCAGGUGGCGAAGACGACACAUCACUUACGCAGCCACCACUUGUGAAUGGUACUUCAGGUCUCACCAAUGGCACUUACACCAACGGUGCCACUAACGGGACUGUGAUUGCGAAACGGUCCGGCAAGACUGCUUUCGAGCCGGUCCCUGGCGUCAUUGCACGCAAUUUCCUCAUUGUCGACACCUAUUUCGAGUCUGCACCAAUCACUGGAGCUGGCGUGCCGGGUCCCGACGGUGACUUUUACGACGUAGGCGUGAACGGACUUCCAAAUGUCAACGAUGAGAUUCUUGCAGAGUUGCCUCCCGAAUGCCGGAAGGCACUGGAUGAAGCGAAAGAGAAGGAGCAAGAAUGGAAGAGUAGGUGGCACGGCGAGACUGCCGAUGGCUGCAGGAAAGAACUCAAGAUUGGCUUCACUGGCGUGCCGGUCUGA